CUGUAUGUGGGCCCUGUGUGGAGCACCUUAUAUUGACUUUAAUUUUAAGUCUCCUGACAGCCUGCAAGGUUGGGACUGUUGACAUUCCCUCUGGUCAGAUGAGGAAGCUACAGAGACAAGUCAUUUGGUCAGGAUCACACAGAGCAUGCAAGCUACAGAGGCCUGUUUUACUUGAUGGUUUGUUCAUUUAAUCAAUCUAUCUAUCGAGUACCUACCCUCCCUGGAAGCGCUGUUCUUAGAGCUGGUGAUACUAUGGUGAAGAGGACAAGGUUUCACCCCAGCCGGGAGCUUAGAUUGUAGGAGGGAAGUCACACAAUGCACAGAUCGGAUAAAAUAUAAUUUCCUGUCAAGGAGCCGGUGAGUCUCUAAGGAGAAGAACAACAAGGAUAAGGGGCUGGAGCGCUGGGUGGGAUUAGUGGGGUUGCUUUGGAUUGAGUGAUGGUCAGGGAAGGCCCUUCUGAGGAAGUGGUUUUGAACUGAGGAAGUGAGCUGUGCAACGAUCAGGCAGAGGGAACAGCAAGUAGCAUGGAGGUUUGUGGGAUGGCUUGUCGGCCGAGAGGAGUGAGGAAGGGGAGAUGAAUCAGAGGCUCCGUGACGUGGGGUCGCCCCUCGCCGUGGCAAGGAGUUUGCAUUUAUUGCAGUGUAAGGAAAGCCACUGGGGGGUUGACAGAGGAGUGACACGAGCUGAUGUGUGUUUUUAAAGACCACUCAAACUGUGGUGUACAGAACUGACUGUAUUUGAAUCCAGAGCUCAAGCUCUUAAUCAAUACACAAAAAAAUACAGCUGGGGAAUGAUAACUGUUCUACGAGAAGGUUCAGAAAAAGGAGUGAUGACCCCUGUUGGAGAAUUUCAGGGAAAUCUAGGUGGGACCUGACUAUGGACUGUGCCUGGAGCAUAGACCGUAUCUGGGGGGAGAGUGGGGAUAACGCUGAAGAUGAGAUCAGGCCACGUCUCGGGGGCCUUAAAUACCAGGCUAAGGAGUGUGGACUUUCCCAGGCAGUAGGGAGACACUGCAGCUUCUGAGCAGGUGAGAGACAUGCCGAUAGUAUGCUGUGGUGCUAUGCAACAUGUGCCCAGCAGUAGUGUCUGUGAUCUGCAAAGUGGUAAGAUUGACAUUAUAUUCUGAAUUGAAUGAAGAGACCAGUUAGAUGCCAGGGUGGUCCAGGUGAAAAACAAUGGGAGUUGUCAUCCAAGUGGCAACUAUGGGACCAUCAAGAAGGUAAAGUGAGCAACUUUAGCGGGACAGGAUAGAUUGUGUUGGGGGGCAUGGACGAAGGGAAAGGCUAGAAGCAAAGAUGACUGAAGUUUGGGGUUUGAGUGACCAGAACAUCUCCUGGCAACAUGGAAUGGCUUGAAUUAUAUAAAUAUAUAAAAAUAAAAAUAGGCUCACUAUUUUAAAAAGCCAUUAAUUCAGUAUCUGAUAUUUCUGUGGUUAAUCAUAUUUUUGUGGUUUUUAGGGUGCUUUCUAAAUAUUACAUGAAUAAAUCUUUUUUAAAAUGAGUUUAGUAAUCUCCAUUAUAGAAACGGCACAUAUCCUUUAAUAUAAAGUUUGGAAAAUACAGAAAAGUGGUGAGAAGAAAAGGCUUUUAAAUCACCCCAAGUUCUUCCCAUCAUAUACCUAGUGUCACGAUUGUUACAUCUGCCAAUCCACGUGUACGUAGUUGUUUUGGGCCUCAGGAAAGUUGAGUUUAGCUCACUCCUUAGUUCAUGGCAUGCUACCAUCUUUAGUCAAUACAAAGCUCCUCUUCGAGUUUUAUCUUAAUUUUUAGUAAAUAAAGGAAUAUUUGUGGAGACACGUGAAAAGGACAACUGAGCUCUAUCUAAAUAAAGGCCUAUCAGAUACGAUGUUUACAUGUGAUAUUCAUUCCCCUUUAGACAGAAAGGUGUGUCAUGGGAAAGGGUACCGUUCUUGCUUUAGAACAGUGGUCAUGAUCUCUUAGUGCUAACUGUUCACAGAAGAAGGAGAAGUCAUUACAUAACCAGUCCCUGAGGCCUUGGGUUCUGCGGAUCCUCUAUGAAGUUCAGAAAAAAGUGUCUCUUUUUAAUCUGCAGAUGGACAUAAGUGGGUUAAUUCCUGGUCUCGUGUCUACAUUCAUGCUUCUGUCUCAUAGUGACCACGGAGGACGAAAAUUCCCUUUGAUUUUGUCUUCUGUUGGUGCUCUUGCAAACAGUGCUUGGCUCUGUUUGCUUUCCUAUUUUGCCUUUCCAAUCCAGCUUUUGAUUGCAUCUACCUUUUUGGUUGCACUUUGUGGCAAUUACACCACACUUCUGGGAGCCUCUUUUGCCUACAUAGUUGAUCAAUGUAAAGAAAAGAAACAAAGAACAAUUCGAAUAGCUAUAAUUGACUUCCUGCUUGGAAUUGUCACUGGAUUAACAGGACUGUCUUCUGGCUAUUUUAUUAGAGAACUAGGUUUUGUGUGGUCGUUUUUAAUUGCUACUAUGGCUCUUACUGUUAACUUGAUUUAUAUUUUAUUCUUUCUUGAGGAUUCGAUGAAAGAGCCUUCAUCUCAGAAUGUUUCUGUAUCAUGGACUGAAGGCUUUAAAAACUUAUUUUACCGAACUUACAUGCUUUUUAAAAAUAAUUCUGGUGAGCAACGAUCUUUGCUCUGUUUGUUGCUUUUUACAAUGAUCACUUAUUUUUUCGUGACAGCUGGCAUUUCCCCCAUUUUUAUCCUUUAUGAAUUGGAUUCACCGCUCUGCUGGGAUGAAGUUUUAAUAGGUUAUGGAUCAGCGUUGGGUAGUGUCUCUUUUUUCAGCAGUUUCCUAGGAAUAUGGCUUUUUUCUUAUUGUAUGGAAGAUAUUCACAUGGCCUUCAUUGGAAUUUUUACCACCAUGGUAGGAAUGGCUAUGACUGCUUUUGCCAGAACAACAUUGAUGAUGUUUUUAGUCAGGCUGCCAUUCCUUUUCACUGUUGUGCCAUUCUCUGUUCUACGGUCCAUGAUAUCAAAAGUGGUUCGUUCUACUGAACAAGGCACCAUGUUUGCUUGUCUCGCUUUCUUAGAAACACUUGGCGGAAUCACUGCAGUUUCUACUUUCAACGGAAUUUAUUCAGCCACUGUUGCUUGGUACAAAGGCUUCGUCUUUCUGCUCUCCGCUGUUUUAUUACUAAUUCCAGCCAUCAGUCUAUGUGCUGUCAAGUGCAUCAGCAGGAAUGCGGGAAGCUAUGUCCUUCUUAUACAAGAAGAAUCCAGCGAAGACACUUCAGACAGAUGAUUAAUUGUGAAUAAAAAAAAUCCAAAUGCUCAUAUCAUAUACUCUUGACUUCUGAAGGAUAUAAACUAGCUCCACAAUCAGUACUUCAUGAAUAAUCAAUGCUGCAAGUCCUUUCUUCUAAACUAAACAGUCAGAAAUAGUUGCUGAUCUAGCUUCUUACAGCACCGUGCACUUUGAGCACUUUAUGAAGACCACGUGACAUAUUCCCAGUAGAUAAAAGAACAAAUCUCAAGACACCUCCCACUUUGGGAUUUACCAAAGAAACUGAAACUUAUCGGUAUAAAAUGGGACUAAGAAAUCUGAUACAAUCAAAAGCAAUAAUCUCCCUGAUAUACUCCAGUCUCUCACAUUAAGACCAAGAAGAACUCUUUGUCUGACUCAGUUUCUUCAUCUGCAAAAUGACUUUUUGACCCCUCUCAAAGAUUUUGAAGGCAUAACUGUUGAAAAUUAUGAUGUCAGUCGCUUAUAGAAGAAUGAUAGAAGUUUCAAGUAUUCAUAAUAUAAUUUUUUCUACUUGGGUAAUGCUUUGUUUUUUAGAGCCCAUCAAGGUGUUAGUGAUAGUCAAAGCUCUCAGUAGCUGCAAUAUCCUUCAAAGGGAAGCACUUUAAUGAAUACAUUUUCACUUUUCCUAAUAUGUUUCAUCAGUGACAGGCAUGAUAAUAUUUCCAUAAGUAACACAGGGGUGACUGAAAAAAGAGAUUACAAAUAGUUCCUACAGAAAUGUAAAAACUGAGUAAACAGGCAAUCAUGAUGUAAAGUAACUAGUACUUAUAGAGUCAAUAUUCACUCCUUCUUUCUGUCAAAGGGUAUCCAUCUCUUACUGCCUUAUACUCAUCCUGGGACCACCAUGGUCCCUGAAAACACCGCAUCCUCUCCUGCCUCCUGUCUGCACACAAGGUUCCACUGGGCCUUCUUCCCUCCCUACGUUGAAACUUUUAAGUCUCAGCCAAGGCAUUGCUUCCGCUUCCUCCGUGUCCCUUCCGAACAUUUCUACCCUCCCCUCCUGCCCACCUCCACCCCCCCACCCCCGUCCCUGCAGGGCCCCCACAGCUCUCUGGGUACUGCCAUCCAAGCAUUUUCCCUUGUCUUGUAAUGUUUGUUCCCCUACUUGACAAUGAGCACCUUGAGGACAGGGACAAUCUUUGAUUCCUCAUUAUAUCCACAAUAAAAUUUGAAUUAAAUGAA